AGUAAAAUAGAUGUCAGCACUGUCCUGUGUUUAGUUGUGAUCAUUAGUCAAAUUAAUUUCUUCGUUUCGUUUUAACAUUAUUUCAAAAUGUCUUGGGGUGGUCCACCCCAACAACAAUACGGAGGAUAUGGUGCACCGCCACCUCAUCAAGGACAAGGUGCUCCUCCAUCUUACUCACAAGCCCCACCACCAAACAGAGGACAAAUAUAUGGUCAACCACCUCCUCAACAACAGUAUGGACAACCCCCACCCCAGGGCUACCAGCCACAAGGUUACCAACAACCACCUGCAUCCUAUGGUCAACCAGGUGGCUACCAGCAGGGGGCCUAUGGUGGAGGAGCCCCAUCACAAGGAGGAUAUGGACCUCCAGGGGGAUAUGGAGCACCUGCUCCACCACCAGGUGUUAGUCAAGAGUUAUGGAAUUGGUUUCAGGCAGUUGAUCAAGAUCGUUCGGGUAAAAUUACGGCCAUUGAACUACGGCAAGCCUUAAUGAACGGGAAUAUGACACCUUUUAAUGAAGAAACUUGCCGUCUAAUGGUUGGAAUGUUUGAUAAGAGCAAAGAUGGUACAAUUGAUAUCAAUGAGUUUGCUGCUUUAUGGAAAUAUGUACAAGAUUGGAAAGGAUGCUUUGAAAGAUUUGAUACAGAUAGAUCUGGUAACAUUGACGCUCAGGAGCUAAGCAACGCAUUCAGAACAUUUGGUUAUAAUUUGUCACCUCAAUUUAGUGACAGUGUGAUCCGAGUGUUUGACAGAAGAGGAAUGAGGACCAUCAAUUUUGACGAUUUUAUUCAAGCUUGUGUAAUGUUAAAGACAUUAACAGAUAAAUUCCGAGUGAAGGACACCCAGCAGAGAGGAAUUAUUAACAUAGGUUAUGAAGAGUUUUUAGAGAUGGUACUAGACAAUACUAUUAUGGCUGUGAAGUGAAGAAGAUAAGGAAACGAUAGUGACAAUCAAAUUAAUUAGAACACUUUCUUUCCUAUGAUUAAUACUGGAGAAUGUAAAACAUUCCGAUGACCAAAAACAAAUUUAAAAACAAGCGUAACAUAUCAUUUGUGUUAUAUUUUAUUUUAAAAGUAUUUGUCAGCUGGUAACAGAAGUGAUCCUGUCAAUGCUUUCUUUACAAGGAUCUGACAAAGCUCCAUUCUUCUUUCUGUUAUAAUAAUUAUUACAUAAUCCAAUGAAAUUACUGCCUCUUAAUUUUUGAAGGGGUGUGUUCUGACAAUUAUUACAUCAACCAAUGAAAUUACUGCCUCUUAAUUUUUGAAGGGGUGUGUUCUGACAAUUAUUUCAUCAACCAAUGAAAUUACUGCCUCCAAAUUUUUGAAGGGGUGUGGCAUUGUGACAGAUUAUGAUGAUCUUGGAAAGAUCUUCAGAACAAAAAGUAGACCAGUGCCAUAUCAGAUCCUUGUAAGGAAAGUUGAGACAGGAUCUGUGUUUUAAAUGUGAUCCUAAUAAAGGCCUUGUUGUAUUAAGAUUUUUUAUUGAUUUCUUGGUUGACCAAAUAAACAUUCAAAGCAAAUGUAUAUAGUGUCAAGUGUUUUAGCAGAACAGUGCCAAUUGUCACUAAACUACUGGCUAUCUAAAUGAAACUUUACUUUAUUUGCAAGGUUAAGGUAAUUUACAUUUUUUUAGAACUAUUACAUCUCAAUCUGCGAAGCCUUUGGACUAUUGUGUCAUAAAUAUUUGGCUUUUUUUGCUCUAUCUAUAGAAAUUGAAAUGUAGGUAUGUUAUUGUCUAAAGUGCCAAGUUUUAAUGAAAUAUAUUUCAAUAGCAAAUAGUAAUGCAUAAAAAAUAGUUAAUCAUCACCUAUGUAGUUGUUCAGAACCAAAGUUUUUUUUUUCAUUAUUUGAAUUAGUGCUAUAGUGUUUUGUAUAAUUGUUAGAUCAAUACAUUUUUACAAGAGUAGUUUUAUACACAUAAUAAUCCAUACAUGCCAUAUAUGUGAUAAUCGUUUGUAGUUUUCUUCAAACUAUAUAUAUUCAGGUAAAGGCUGUUUUACUCUCUGUUACAACAUGUUCUUUCAAGCCUUGAUGAAUGGAGAAAUAAACUUUGUAUGAUGAUGAGAAAAUGCUAAAUUUUUUAAUUUGUAAUGAAGUUGACAAUUUAUGCUCCCCAAAAAAGUUGAAUGUUUUUAACAUACAGUCAUGACCAUAGUAAUGAAUGUUAGUACUUUGUAUUAGCAGUGAUAGUGUGUGUAUAAUGGAAACAUUCCUGUACAGUACAUGUUAUACUUUAUGAAUUACAUUUUUUAUUUAAAGGGGCAUUAGCUGUCAAAUUCAUGUUUACCAAUUUGACCCAAAUUCUCAUAGCUUAUUUAUAACAUACUGAAAAGAAUAUCCAAAUUACUAAAAAAAAAAAGAAAAUUAACAAUGAAUGUGUUCUCUAUAAUAUAUCAGAAUUUCAUACCUAUUUCAGACCAGACACCAUCUAAUUAUCCAUCCAAGAUUACCUCUGUAGACUGCCAACCAUCAUGUAACCCAAUAUAAACAUAAAUAUAAAUAUAAAUAGAUAGCUAGCACAUACAAUCAGAUUUUUCUAGGUCGAUUUGAUUUCGUGUUCUAGGUUAAAAAUAUAUGUAAAUCAUCUUUGUACCUGUAUAGGAGUGAUUUUUGUGGGCCAGGUUGGUCAACGAAAUGGUUAAUUCCUUGUGGCUCCUUGUUUCAGUUAUCAAUGUUGACAUUCUUUUCUUUUUUUGAGAAUGACCCACAUGAUGAAUACAUGCACACCCAUCUCCUCUUAAGGUUGAAUUAAAAGGUUGCAUGAAUACAGAUUCAAAUGAGUUGUAUUAUUGACUUGCAAGUCAAUAACACCAGGGAUGGUGUUUUUAGCUUAUUUUUGACGAAAUUGUAUCAAACUGACUGCUAAAAGCGAGAUGUUAUUUCUUUAUUCCACUUCUAUAAAUAUUUGAACCAAAAAAAAUCAUAUUUUAUUAUUUUUGUCGAAUAGCUAAUGCCCUUAUAAAUGACACAGUAUAUAUUCAUUCACUUUGGUUAACUGAAAUCUUCUACCAUAUUCAUAUGGGUCUGUGUGUUAAAUAUUUAAACAUGUCAUCUUUGAAUUUAAAAAAAAACAGACUUGGGGUUGUUCCAAAAAUAAAUAUAUACAAGUAGGUGGGUUGGAAGACAUUCUUUAUUAUACCCCAUCAUGCAUUAAAUAAUGAUUUGAUAAGGAAAUUAACCAAAAAAAGAAAUACAGCAAAUCGAUUAUUUUUAAUAAUUAAUUUGGCAAACUGGUACAAAUUAUGUCUUGCUUUCUUAUUUUGUAAUUGUUUGUUUAGUUCCAAGUAUGUCUGUAUGCAAAAUGUGUUGUUAAUGUUUAAUUAUCUCUACUAAGUAGAGACGUAACUUUCUACUAAUCUUAUAUACCGGUACAUAUGUUUAUCAUUUGACAUGAAUAUUAAAAAUUCUAAGAAUUA